CAGUCUGGUCCAGCAGUCAGUCUGCAGCCGUUCAGAGUGGAGAGCGGCGCGGAGGGGACCACAACUCUCCGAGAACUGUGACACAUCACUCACGGCACCGUUUUCCUCCUCAGACAUCCACACCAGACUUGUCAACUGAAGUUGUGAGACAAGAAAUCAAGAGUCCAGCCUGAAGGUUUCAGCCUCUGUGGAGUCCAGGUUUGGUCCCAUCCUGAUUGGCACCGCCACCUCCAGUCUUCCCUUCUGGUCCCAUCUCAGUUCAUCUUUAGUUUGUGGUGGAGGCCAGUCCAGCGAUCCAAGCUGGACGGAGGAGAGACGAGUGGGGCCGAGGGCCCGGCCUUCGUGCUGCGACACAGGACUUCAAAUCCAGUGGACCAGCAGGCGCCUACAGACCCCACAAGUCCUCGGGAAAAGGAAGACAUGCCCAACUCAGGUUCUUCAGGCACUCACCUCAGCACCGCAGAGUGCCCCUCACACAAUGGCAGUGUUCCAGGGUGCAAAAAGGAGAAAAGAAUGAACGAAGACGACGACAGAGGAGAAGAAGGAGCAGAGAGAGAAAUGGAGGAAGAGGACGAGAGGAGUAGCGAUGAAGGUUUCAUGGGAAUGACGCCGCUGCUGCAAGCCCACCACGCCAUGGAGAGGAUGGAGGAGUUUGUUCACAAGGUGUGGGAGGGCCGGUGGCGCGUCAUCCCCCACGACGUGCUCCCCGACUGGCUGAAGGACAACGACUUCCUGCUCCACGGCCACAGGCCGCCCAUGCCUUCGUUCCGCGCCUGCUUCAAGAGCAUCUUCAGAAUCCACACGGAGACGGGGAACAUCUGGACACACCUGCUAGGCUGUUUGUUCUUCCUCUGUCUGGGUCUGAUGUACAUGUUCAGGCCCAACAUGUCCUUCGUGGCGCCGUUCCAGGAGAAGGUGGUGAUCGGGAUGUUUUUCCUGGGAGCCAUCCUCUGCCUCUCCUUCUCCUGGCUCUUCCACACUGUGUACUGCCACUCCGAGGGCGUGUCCAGAGUCUUCUCCAAGCUGGACUACAGCGGGAUCGCCUUCCUGAUCAUGGGCUCCUUCGUGCCGUGGCUGUACUACUCCUUCUACUGCUCGCCUCAGCCCUGCUUCAUCUACCUGAUCGUGGUGUGCAUCCUGGGACUGGCCGCCAUCACCGUCUCCCAGUGCGACUUCUUCGCCACGCCGCAGUACAGGGGCGUCCGAGCAGGUGUGUUUGUGGGUCUGGGCCUGAGCGGCGUGGUGCCCACCCUGCACUUCGUCAUCAGCGAGGGUCUCAUCAAGGCCACCACCAUCGGGCAGAUGGGCUGGCUGCUGCUCAUGGCCACGCUCUACAUCACGGGGGCCUGCCUGUACGCCGCCCGCAUCCCCGAGAGGUUCUUCCCCGGGAAGUGCGACAUCUGGUUCCACUCCCACCAGCUCUUCCACAUCCUGGUGGUCGCUGGUGCCUUCGUUCACUUUCACGGCGUCUCCAACCUGCAGGAGUUCCGCUACACGGCGGGCGCAGGCUGCGCCGAGGAUGGCGCCCUCUAACACACACACACACACAUACCAACACACGCACACACACGCGUGCUGACUCGCUCGGUCACUGACAUGCAUCGUAUGAUGGUUUCUAAUGAGCUGCACAGAACAACUGGCACAUCAAGACACACACUCACACUCACACACACACACACACUCAGACCGAAGUGGCUUCGUCCUGCUGUUCACCUGUGUGUAAUACACAGGACAGCCUCCCAGGGGGCGCUAUUAAAACCAACUGACAGGUUGUUUUUUUUGUGCUCUCCGUCCCCCCUGUGUGUGUCCUGUGUCUGUCCCUCCUCCGAGACGUUUUACAAAAACCGUUUUUCAGACUUUUUUCUAUUUUCUUUGGGAGGAGCCGAAACCCUCGAAGCCCUCCCGCCGAUAAUACUGAGUUUUUAUUCUCCGAGGACGACUGAGAGUGGCUUUAAGAAACAUUUUGGAGUGUUUUUUUUUUUUGUUUUGUUUUGUUUUUUUCCUGAAUGCGUUCACUUUUCAGAACAUUCAGAUACAAAAAGAAAAGAGAGUGGAGAAUGCUUUUGGAUUUGCUUCCUUGAUUGUUUGCGGGGGGAGACGGCGUGCCGGGAAACAGAGGGUCCCAAGAGUUACUUUAAAAAAAAAAGAAAAAGAAAAAAAUAAUUAAAAAGAACAAAAAGAAAAAACACUUUUCCAUGUAAAUAAGAUUUCUAAAUUUUGGGUUAUAGAUUUGUAUGAAAUAUAUAUAAAACAAAUAAAAAAAAAUGUUGCAAAUGGUGGGAGGAAUAGAUGAAUAUGUUUGAGGAGGAGGAGGAGAUUCGUUGUGAGGUGAGAAAUCCUGCAGUCCGACUGAUGAACGGCACAACAUCCCACUCGCGCCUGUUUCUUGUCUGCAGCUUCAGGUCAAAGGUGACAAAUAAAAAGAGACACUUCAGGAGGAAAAGAAAACCUUCCAAAUGGAAACGGCAGAGUUUCAGUCCUGACCUCAGAUUCGCGACGUCGGAGCUUCACGUUAAAGACUAAAGUACAAGGAUGGAUUUGAACUUUCAGUGGAGGAAUAUUUAAAUAGUUCAUCUUCAAUCUUUGAUUUGAAACCUAAUUCUUGAUGUCAACUUUGUGUCGAGGCUAUUUUUCUUUCUAUAGAUAUUUAACAUUUAUUCACAAAUAUCCCCUCAGGGUUUAUAACAUGUCUAUGUUGAAUUCUUUUUUUUUUUUGAUUGUGGCGUUCACUUUGAUUCCAGGGGGGGUUUUCUGAGCUUGAAUUGUUCUUUCAACUUUAAUCUUGACUGUAAUCACUAUUUGGAGAAAAAAAAACUUGGUUUCAUCAUCUUGACUUAAAACAUUUACCUUCAUGUGAUUUUAUAAACCUUAAAAGUGACAUUUUGAUUGAAAUUCUGACUUUAAUCUCAAAAAAUUGCCUCUUCAUAUCUUUAAAAGCAACUUUUUCACUUAACCGUUUGAAUAAAUCGGAACUUCAAAUAAUCUUAAUUUUCUGACUUCAGUCUAAAUCUGUAAAUUUUUCAGUUUAUUUUACAAUUUGUGUUCCUGAAGCUGUGUUCAGUACCACUGUAGUAUCAAAUUCCUGGCCUGAAAUCAUCCUCCUUGUAUUUUUUUCUCUUUCAUGAGAGUUCACACAAAUUAAUCUCACUGAAAUGUUCUUCUACCAAAAUACUUAAAUUGAGUUAAAGAUGAGAAUCUCCUCGAUAUGUAGCGGUUUUCCUCCCUUACUGUAAAUCGUUGGGUGUGUCUGAAGCCACCACUUUAUUUUUUCUAUGCCAUGCCCUUAAAUUCCUUCAGAAGACGUCAUCCAGAUAUUUUUUUAUGGAAUCGAUUUGGGUCAAGCUGCAGGCUUUUGGUCCUCCUCCUCACCGUCGCACAGAACAAAGACGAGGCGCUUCUUUUUCUGCUUCCAUUGAGUUUUAUUUAUCCGCUUGCUGAUAUCAUUUAUACUUCGAGCUUUAAUUUCGCCUCUUUGUUUUUUGUUUUUUUUUUUUCUUUUCCUGUCAGUUUGUGUGUUCAGGUGAUUUAAGGCGAGAGCAGAGAGUCUCUCGCCUUCAAAAUAAAAGAAAUAAGAAACAAUAUAUCUACUUCAAGGGCUCUUGAUCCGUCUCAUACUGAGGCUUCGCUGGGAGAUUCAUACAAAGUGAACUUUCUCACUUCAUGUUUUCUGGCAAUACCAAAAUCUCACCUCUGCACAAUGGAAACACUCACACAGGUUCUAUUUAUUAUCAUAAAUGAUAAUAAGAAACUCUCACUUUACAUUCAGAGCUUUCUUUUCUUUCUUCUGCGAUUGUUCGGAGCCGAGUUCCUAAACGGCAAGUUUUAACUGAUCUUUGGUCUCCAGAAGAAAAAAAAAACCCCAACAACUUUUUUUUCAUUGUCUCCAUUGUUUUUUGUUUCAAUUUUAUCUGGUUUUUAUUAAUUUAUUUCUCUUGGGGAGCGCAUAGUGUCUGUUGAAGCACAUGUUCCUGUUCUGAUGGGAGUGUUUGAUUGCAAUAGACCUUUAUAUCUGCUGUAUUGUUCUAAUAAAAAAAAAAGAAAAA